UCAAUAAACUUAAUAAUUCAAUAAGUCCUUGUCUCAAUAGCACUCUACUUGAUCUCACUAAGGCAUACAUUGAUCAAAGUAAAGCUGUCUUGCUUCAAGGUUUUCAGAUAGUGGCUCUUAGCAGCUUCAAUACACACAGGCACAUCUUUGAUGACUUUUACAACUAUCUAAAAUCUGGGAUGACCUCCCUCAGCUACUGCAAUCUUGACACUGAGUUCCAAAAGGUUUACUUCACUUUGUAUACAACCGUAUUUGUGGAAUCUGUGAAGCGGCAAUUUCUUACGGUACCAACUGGAGAUGACUUCAAUAACUGCUUUUACAAUUAUUUCUGGAACAAGAAUGGCAAUGAAACCCUAGACAGAUCAAAGAAAUUUGGCAUCCGUUACAAUUUAUAUUUCAAGUAUCUACGAGGUCUCAAAGUAGCCGAGAAUGCUCUAGCUUCGAUCAUAUCUCAUGGUUUCUCAUCCGACUGCAUGAAAGAGUUAGCACAAUUAAGGUCUUGCUCGCUUUGUGCUGGUAUGAGCCUUUCCUAUUGUCCUUCUCAUUGCAUUAAUGUAAUGAGAGGAUGUCUUGUUGAUAUUGAGGAGUUUGGCACUGCUUAUGCUAAGUUUAACCAGUCGUUAUACUCUACUUAUAAUCAGUUGUUGGCCUAUGAUCCAUUUGAUGCUCUCAAUAUAUUGCAGACUGAAAUGUUUAAAUUUGCUCAAAAAACUCAAACAGAUACUAGUACUAUAAAGGGUGAGUUAGAAACAAAGUGUGGUGUUACGUUUGAAUCUAUAUUUGGCAGAAAGAAAAGAAGUAUUUCUGCCUCUAAUACUCGCCAUUCGCUGGUUGCUAAGAGAUCACUGGUUACUAAGAGACAGUCAUCGUCAGAAGUUGAUGCAGCACUAGCUGGCACUGUGUCUUGUACUAAUGGCAUUCACUUGAUGUUUAAUGGACUGAGUAGUAGUAUGUGUUCAUCAGCAACACCCUCUGAUUGUAACUGCUGGAAUGGAACUGAUGAGGGAAGUUACAAAUACACUCAAGUGUCUCCAGAUAGACUCUCCCAAAGACAGAACCCAGAGCUAUACACUAGAGCAGAUACUGGCCUACUCUACAAAGACGCAAUAACGCUACUCAUGAACGUGUCAAAGGAAAUGGAGUCAUGCAGCUCAAGUGUGAUCACUUGUGAAGUUCAUUUGUGUAAUAUUCAACUGCCGACCACUAGCAAUUAUGAUAUUACUGCUGGUACCAACAGGUACGACCAGUUUCAGAAUACUGGAUAUCCUAGUAGUCCAGCCACUGUAACGUCUACUGCAUCUUGUGCUAAAGUAUCUACUACGCCAUUGCCCACAUCAACAGAUUCCAUUAUCACAACAACAGAAUCUACUACAACAACCACAUCUAGUUCCGCCACAAUGACCACGCCUUCCUCUGUAUCCUCAUCAACCAUGACUUCAUCAUCGACUUCCAUCACACCUUCUUCAACUUCAUUAAGUUCAUCAACAGCAACCAGACCUUCUUCAUCAUCCACUAACCCACCCAGCAGCUCAACUAGUACUAGCUCAUCAUCUUCUAGCUCUUCAAGUUCAUCUAGCUCCUCUUCCUCUAGUUCAUCAUCUUCCUCUUCUUCUAGUUCUUCUUCUUCAGUCAACCCCACUUCAACUCCUGGUACCGUUAGUACUACUGAUGGACCUGAUGAUGAUAAACCUAAGCCUCCGUCCGGUUCCGGGUAUUUGCAUGUUUCCCUCGGACUCAUUUCUCUUUUUAUCAUUAUCUCUUUAUUGAUUAACUAAAGACACCCCCUCUCUCUUUUUUUGUUUCUCUUUACAUGUCUCUCAUUUGGUAUUAUAAGAUCAUAUUAUUAUAUUA